CAACUCACCUGGAAUUGAGGGUUCUGGGUGAUCCUUGAUGGGCGACGAGGCUUCUUGAUGAGAGCGUCCUUUUAUCUCUCUCUCUCCCUCGCUCCCUCUCUCCCUCUCUCCCUCUUGUCCCCACCCACCGCUCGCACAAGCCGCUUUCUCUGCGCGUCCCGAAUAAUCUCACAUAUUGACCACCAAGCCCACCCGCGUGCAAGUGUAGAAUUUGAGAGUGGGGAAAACCGACCGUCGAUAAAAUGUUGUGCAGCUGACACAGACGGUUGGCGUUAUGUGACUUAUGUCGCGUACAUCGCGCCCGACUUCCUGGUAGCGUCAACUGGGGUGAAUUGGAGCAUUUGUGGCUUCUGCCCCAGAUGUGCCCCAGAUUCGGGAAUGGCCACAACCGAUUGUGGGGGGCAGAUCAAUUCUUCCCCGACGUCGAAAACAGUCAAGCAGUGGGACGCAACGCUCUGUGGGCGAUAUGUAGUAUCGAGCUAUAAGGAAGGACGCUUCGGAGAUGUCGAAAACACCCGCUUCAUGGAGGGUGUGAGGCUCACCUAACAUGCAUGCAGGGUCCGCCGAAAGAUCGAACAUUUAUUCACGUCCGACAGCGAAAUGAGG